CUGUCAAACACCCUCACUACACGCACUAUAUAAAUACAUCCUCCUUAAAUGCCACCAGUCCACCGGGGCCGGCACCAACAUUACCGCCACCAGUUUAAUCUUGGAGAGCAUUUCAGAAAUGGCGGAAGAAGAAGUAGCGGAGAACAAGCAGGUGAUACUGAAGCACUAUGUCAGUGGUUUUCCAAAAGAGAGUGAUAUGGAAAUCAGAACCACCAAAACCCAGCUGAAGCUCCCGGAAGGUUGUUCGGGGGCAAUUUUGGUGAAGAAUCUCUACUUGUCUUGUGACCCUUACAUGAGAAACCGCAUGAGGAAGAUGGAAGGCAGCUACAUUGAGUCCUUUACUCCUGGCUCCCCUAUAGGUGGAUAUGGAGUGGCUGAAGUUUUGGAUUCUACUCAUUCAAACUUCAACAAAGGUGAUCUGGUUUGGGGAAGGACUACAUGGGAAGAUCAUAGCAUUAUCACUUCAACAGAAAGUCUCGCUAAGAUUCAGCACACAGAUGUGCCUCUGUCCUACUAUACAGGCAUCCUGGGUAUGCCCGGAAUGACUGCUUACGCUGGUUUUUUCGAGGUAUGCUCUCCUAAGAAAGGAGAACGUGUCUUUAUUUCAGCCGCUUCUGGAGCUGUUGGCCAACUUGUUGGGCAAUUUGCAAAGUUAUUUGGUUGCUAUGUUGUUGGAAGUGCUGGAAGCAAAGAAAAGGUUGAUUUAUUGAAGAACAAGUUCGGGUUUGACAAAGCUUUUAACUAUAAAGAAGAGGCAGAUUUAAAUGCAGCUCUUAAAAGGUAUUUUCCAGAUGGUAUUGAUAUUUACUUCGAUAAUGUAGGAGGAAAGAUGCUUGAUGCCGUGCUUCUACACAUGACCCUCCACAGCCGCAUUGCUGCUUGUGGCAUGAUUUCACAAUAUAAUCUUGAGCAGCCAGAAGGAGUUCGCAAUCUGAUGUGCUUGAUCACCAAGCAAAUUCGAAUGGAAGGAUUUUUAGUGUUUGAUUACUAUCAUCUCUAUCCUAAGUUCCUGGAAAUGAUUAUCCCACAGAUAAAAGAAGGGAAGAUCACUUAUGUGGAAGACAUAGCUGAAGGCCUUGAGAAUGCCCCGCGUGCUUUGAUAGGGCUAUUCUCAGAGCCCAACAUUGGGAAGCAGGUGGUAGCUGUUACCCUUGGAUAGUGUACAUCAUCUAGAAUUGUCCUUUUCACAGUUUGUGCUUUGGUUUUGUCUAGUAUACUUGGUAUCUCGUGCAAUGCUGGGAAGCAAAUAGUAGCUGUUGCAAACGUUUAAUAAUGUGUGUCGAGUGGAACUCACGGAAGUGCUUUCAGCUUUGGUGCUUGGCUUUGUCUUAUAGACCUGGCAUCUUGUCAAAUAUAUAAAUAGAAUCUCACUGCUUUUCAGAGCCCAAUAGCAGCAUUAAUCUAAUCUUUUUGUGGUCUGUUGAGUACAGGAAAGAACAGUUGGUGCUUUUCUGUGUUACAGAUAUCAAUCAACAGCAUUUUGCCUUAAGAAUGACAGAUGCAGCAUUUUGCAUUAUUUCCAGAGACUUGGCAUGGAAAAACAGAUGACUUCUGUAAAUCGUUUGGAAUCCCAUGGGUGUUAACAAAUAGGUACAGUUAAAGUUGUGAGGAAAAGAAAGAAAAUUGAGAAAAUAGUUCAACUGCCAAUUGAGGCACUAAAAACUAAGGAGCUGUUGGUUCAUCAACUUCUCUCUAGUGAGACAAACAUAGUGAACAACAGCUUGUACUAAAUGGAGAACUGCCUGACAAGGAUGCUUUAGUUAAAGGUAUGCAAAGGUCUUUGUUCCCUUCGAAUCACAUGCAUUUUAAGCCAAGCUGCUCGCUUAAGAAAAGCGUCUGCACGAAAUCUUGCAAUGACUGUCUACUAUGUUUUAAAACCUUUUAAUUUGAGAAUUAUAAUUUUGGAUGGGAAAUGGUGCCCUGUGGCAGGAGAUAUGCUACUUCAGUAACGAGACUUCAGCAGCUCACUCCUUGUGAGCUUGUUGCUGUGCCUGAUGUAGAUGGUGCUGCUAUCUGGUUGCUUAGCAGCACCGGAUGCAUUACAGUUAGAUCAGCUUUGAAAGUUCUUUGUCCUGCUCGAAAUAAUGUUCCCUGUCAUAAACUGGUUUGGGAUAAGGGGUCUAUACCCAAGUUCUGUGCCCAAGUUCUCUUUUAUCUUGUGGCUGCUAUGUGCAAGGAGAUUGUAUACGAAAGACAAAAUGAGAAGAUUGGGAUGUUUGAAUGGCUCUUCUGACUGUGUUUUAUGUAAUGGUGCAGAGAAGUCUUUCGAACACCCAUCUUUUGAGUGCAAAAUAUGCCUUAUGCUCUGCUUUCAGGGGUUCACACCCUUGCUCUGUGGAAUUUAGUUGCCUAUGUUAGCAUUGGAAGUCAAAUACACUUGUGGAUAAAUUCCGUGGGCUAGAUCUAGCUGUUACAGUCUACUACGUGUAGAGAGCUAGAAAUGAAGCAAUUUUUCAGAAGAGACGUUUUUCUGCAGUUGGCAUCAUCACAAACAUGGUUGAAGCACUGACGCACACAGGAACCUCCAGGAGAGGUGUCUCCAGAACCAAAGAAAUCUGUAAGCUGAUCCUUGAAUGUGGUAUUUCCCACAAGUGCUGUUGAUAGGCAUUAGCCAUCCUCUAUAUAGUGAGUUGUAUUGAUAGCGUUUUGCUUUCUGCAAUGUACAGGUAGCUGUAGCUACUGUGUGUAAGCUUCUCAUUUUCUUUAUCAAUUAAAAAAUUCAUUUUGCCCAA